CUGCACAGUCACACGACUCACGCGUUCCCCUCUUUCCUGACUACUACUGACACGGGCACGCACACGGCUGCACCCGCUGCCGCUUCCAAAAUCUAAACCCCACGCCGACCGCUUCGCCGUCUCCUCCGGCGAUGCUGAUGCGUCGCCGCCGCCUCCUUGCCCUCCUCCUCCUCCUCCUCCCUCUGGUGGCGGCAGUUGCAUUCGACUUCGUGGCCGGCGACGCGGGCGACGAGGAACGAGUCCUCGUGGGCAACGAGGAACGUGCGGUCCAGGCGGCCGCGGCGGUGGCGCGCGGGGAAGGCCUGGACAUAGCCCUGGGAGCGGCGGAGGCUGGUGGGGAGGCGGUGCAAGGCAAUGCGACGACCAAGGAUGGUAGUCUCGCCGACAUGAUCGACCGCGCGCUGGAGAAGGAGUUCCCCGAAUCGGAGGGCGAGCAGGGCGGCGGAGAGACGGACCCCGGCAGCUUCAACAACACGGUUGCCGAGAAGCAGGGAGUCCUGGAAACUGUAGCCAGAAGAGUAACGAAGAAGAAUGAGACCAAAGACAAUAAGUCAUUCCCUUUUAAGGAAGUUUUCUUGGAUCGUUCAGAGCAAGAGGAUGUUCCCACGUUGAUUGAUCGGAAGGAUAAUGUUUUUAUUAUAUCAAAUCGAAAGUCAAAGUACCCUGUACUGCAGCUGGACCUUAGGUUGAUAUCAGAUCUUGUUGUCGUUAUUGUAUCCGCUACAUGUGGUGGAAUUGCGUUUGCUUGCCUUGGGCAACCAGUGAUUACAGGUUAUUUACUCGCAGGAUCUAUAAUUGGCCCUGGAGGUUUUAGCUUUGUCAGUGAAAUGGUGCAAGUUGAGACAGUAGCCCAGUUUGGUGUAAUAUUUCUCCUGUUUGCUCUGGGACUUGAGUUUUCUACAGCAAAGCUUCGAGCUGUACGCGCAGUUGCCGUUCUUGGAGGAUUGCUCCAAAUUAUACUGUUUAUGUUCCUCUGUGGUAUUUCUGCGACGCUAUGUGGGGGCAAAACAAAGGAAGGUGUUUUCGUUGGUGUUCUCCUUUCUAUGUCUUCGACAGCAGUGGUUUUAAAGUUUCUGAUGGAAAAAAAUAGUAUCAAUGCUCUUCAUGGCCAAGUGACGGUUGGUACACUCGUAUUGCAGGAUUGUGCUAUUGGUCUUCUAUUUGCACUUCUUCCAAUUUUAAGUGGCGCCUCUGGUCUUCUACACGGAGUUGCAUCAAUGACAAAGUCGCUUGUCCUAUUGAUAUCAUUCCUGGCAAUUCUCUCAAUCCUCUCCCGUACUUGUGUGCCUUGGUUUCUUAAGCUGAUGAUAAGUCUGUCGUCUCAGACAAAUGAACUUUACCAGUUGGCAGCAGUUGCAUUCUGCUUGUUAUUUGCGUGGUGCAGUGAUAAGUUGGGCCUGAGUCUUGAGUUGGGUUCAUUUGCAGCUGGAGUGAUGAUAUCAACAACUGAUCUUGCACAACACACUCUUGAACAAAUUGAACCUAUUCGAAACCUCUUUGCUGCUCUUUUCCUUGCCAGCAUUGGGAUGCUAAUUAAUGUCCAUUUCCUGUGGAACCAUGUGGAUAUACUUCUUGCAGCUGUAAUUUUGGUGAUAACUAUAAAGACAUUUAUUGUUGCUAUUGUGGUAAAAGGGUUUGGCUAUAGCAACAAAACAUCUCUUCUUGUCGGCAUGUCUCUUGCACAGAUCGGAGAGUUUGCUUUUGUUCUCCUUAGCCGUGCUUCAAGCAUCCAUCUGAUCGAGGGCAAGCUGUAUCUGUUGCUUCUUGGAACCACUGCACUGAGCUUGGUGACAACACCCUUGCUAUUCAAAAUGAUCCCAGCAGUUGUCCACCUUGGUGUUCUUUUGAGAUGGUUUUCCGUUGAUAUCAAUCAGGUGGAGUUGGGCCUAAAAGGUGAGGGCCUCCGCACCGAUAGCGGCAAGCGCAUAAAUUUGAUAGUCCAAGGACCACAUGACUCAUGACAUACUUGGCACACAGCAAGCUACUUUUAGUAUGGCUUAAGUUAACAAGCUCUGUAAAGUAUUUUCUCAUGUACCGAAGAGUUUAUAACACAUAAGCCCGGCCGGUAGGGAGUGGAGGCAAAAGGAAUCAAAUCUUGUUCAAGAUGUGCAAGAUGGAUCCCUACCCAUAGUGACGACGGCGAGUGCAGUCACAAGAGUUUGCCGGUUUUGGAAGAGCAUUGGAUGAUUGGCACGAGAUGUCACUCGCAGCUGAAGUUUGACCCUCUAAUGAGGGCAUUCUGUAGUAUAAGAAUGUAUUCUGUUUAACUGAUUGGAUUAGCGUGAUAGGAUUUAGGUUUGGCCCUUACACCAUUGUAUUCAUUCGACAAGUGUACGAAGAUAACCAUCUGAUCAAGAAUUUUGUUGUGUAGUGAGUUUACCAUUAUCAAUUCCCCGUGUAUGUUCCCACAUCUCCAGUUCAAUGAUUGGAAAGAAAAUCAUGAUGUAUGAGUUCUCACUUCUACCAAAGACACCUGAUUGGUAAAUGACGCAAUCC